ACUAAUCAAAUCUACCAAUGACACAUAUCCUAAAUCAAUGACAGGAUUGACACUUGACCUGUCAAAUUAGCAGGGACCUUAACAAGAAAAGAGACUCUCUUUUUCUCUCUUUUUCCUUGUCUAAGGUACAGCUCCUUGUUUUUAUUUUGGCCCUCUGAACAUAACCAAACAUUUCCAAAAAAGGUUCCAAAUUCUUUACUAAUGAGUAUUGAUUAACUAUUUAAACCGAUAUUAGUUUUCUUUACCUAAUUGUCUUAUGUAGCCAAUAAACCCUUAUUAUGGACACCUACACUUUCUUCUUAUUAGUUACUGGAACCUACAGUGUUUUGCUCUUCUUUGAUUUGUUUUUUAAGUCCUGUGCCCAUUAUCCUUACCUGAAACUCCUUGAAGGACUCGGACUGGAAUUGAGCUUCUUCACUAUCCAAUGGAAAACCAAAGCAUUUAACCGACUUAUCAUAAAAUGGGGCAACACAAAACCAUAUUUUUGGAAGCUAUGGUUUCAACUGGGCACUGUAGUGACUUUAAGUUUCUUACCUGUUGCCCUAUUUAUAUUGUUUAAAAGUAUGUUUGGGUUAUUUGGGCCAAAAGAGACAGAAGUGGCACCACCGUUGGUUACCAUUGGCUUACCAGGAAUAAAUCUGCCUAUAUCAGAAGUGGGAUAUUAUUGUAUAACUUUGUUAAUAUGCAGUUUUGUUCAUGAAAUGGGACAUGCCCUGGCGGGUGUUGUAGAAGAUAUUGGCACUCUUGAAUUGGGCUUUAAUAUUUAUUUCAUUUUACCAGUGGCAUAUGUAAAUUUACCAACAGACAAAAUGCAAAGUUUAAAUGUAAAAAAGAGGCUAAACAUUUUCAGUGCUGGUGUGUGGCAUAACUUUUUGUUAUCAUUCUUUGCUUACUUAUUAUAUUGGUCAUUGCCAUGGGUGUUUUCUCCCUUUUAUGGGUAUAAUGGGGGUGUAACUGUUAUAGAUGUUCUCAAAACUUCCCCACUAAGAGACGCAAGUAAGGGCAUUUUAGAGAAUGACAUAAUUACAGCCAUAAAUGACUGCAAAAUAAAUAAUGAAAAUGAUUGGCUGGAUUGUCUUGGCGACAGGAAUGUUAUACUACCAGCAAUAUGCAUUAAAUCUGAUUUAGUUAACACAUUAGAUGAAAGUGUUCCUUUAAAACAUCUUGACAGUGGUGUAUUAUCAUGUUGUGACCCAAAGAACAAUAAAAACUUGUGCUUUGAAUACAUAGACAUUGAAAAUAAUGAACUAGAGUUGCCAGGACAUGCUUGUUUACCGGGAAGGACAGUUAUGGAGCAGGCUACUAAUUUUUGUACAGUUAAACCACAUGAUUGCCCCAAUAGUUUGUAUUGCUUUAAACCACUCUUGCCUAAUGGUACUUAUCUAUUCAAAAUUACGUGUAAAAGUAAAAACAUUGUGUACUUGGGACAUUCAAGUGAUUUAUAUAAUACAAUAGAAAUAUCUUCUUAUGUAAAGAAAAGUGACAUCUUCUCAGUUUCGAUUCCAAAUAGGAUUACAAAACUCAUAAAAUAUGUCUCGGUAAUUUCGUUAGGUUUGGCAUUCGUUAAUGUUUUGCCAAUCAGUUUUAUGGAUGGAGAAUAUAUAAUGCAAGUGGCAGCUCUUUUGAUGUUAAAAAGUAAGUUUCAAAAUAAGGAAAUCCUAGGGUUUGUAAAUAUGGUUAAAUGGCUGAUGACUGCGUUGUUCUUUAUUUAUUUACUAGUCAGUGUGAUUUUUGUUAUUUAGAAGUUGUUAUAUGCACCUCAAUGCUUUUUUUUACUAUUACCCUACAGCAAUAAUUCUACUCUUGGUCAUUGUGGGGGCACAAUUGCUUCUAACUCGGGAAGUUUUAGAGAUACAAGAGUGAGUGUCCUAUGAAAUUAAUGGGUAAGAAAUAAUCUUUCUUUGGUAAUAAACUCUUUUUUUGAGAAUUGCUUAAAAAAGUUUGCAUGAAAAAAUGCUCUAACCAAGGCUCUUGGAGGACAAAAUAGCCUCUAACUCAAGAGCUACAAGAAUCGUUCUCCUAUGAAAUUGUUUGGUAAGAAAUGCCCUCUUCUGGUCUAAACCCCUAUUAAGAAUAUUUCCAAUAUUUCUUAACACAUCUACUGCCGUGUCAUUCAUAUGUGAAUGACAUAGCUGUUUUUGUACCGACCCCGUCAUUCAUAUCAGUACCCCAAUGCCAAACUACGUCAAAAAUUGCCAUUUGUCAGGAAAGCCAUGUUAAGUUGUUUUGUGACUUUUUAUUUAUCAUAUAUCUGUAACUAUUCAAGAAAUUUUUUCCAAAUUUCACACAAAUGUUAAAAAAAAUAUUAUCUAUUUAAAUUUGUUUUGAUUUUUGCCUUAAUUUUUUUUGUUUUUUUGUUAAGUGACUUAAAGUUAUAUGCCCCAUAGAAAAAACAAUGGUUUUUGACUUAACACUAAUAUUAAGUCGAAACAGUGAAACAAAACUCAAACCAAACCAUGUUAAGUUAACAAAAAUUUUACUUUUUUUUCAAGUUAUAUUAUAAAAUAGAAAAUUAUUAGAGUAGGACUUAAAUGUCUGUAGGACACAACAUAAAUUAUAAAGUUUACUCCGAGUCACCAUCUUCUUCCUGUACUGUAUUAUUGUGUCUAAGGGUCCUGUAGUACUCGUGAAAUUGAUUUGGUAUCCAUGGAAGUAAUUUUUGUAGAUGAUCAUAUUUUUUUUUAGAAAUCGGAUUUGGACCAUUUUUCAGGCAAGGUAAUUUGCUUGGGAAGAUAUUUUUUAUCCUAGUUUUUCGGUUUAAAUCGACUUCUAAAAAUUCUGAACCAAAACUGUUUUUAUAGUACAAAAUCCCCGGUUUUCCCUGUCUUACUUGCAUUUACACUACUUUUGAAAUAAGAAAAUCCCUAGAUGAAUUUUUUUUAUUCAAACGAAAUGGAGCAGAGGAACCUUCAUACAAGGACUUAAAGUUUAGAAAAUCGAAGGAUUGCAUUCCAACAACAUUGAAUUUUUUUUUGUACCACAAAGACGGACCAUUUGUUGCCAAUCCCAAGGAGUAAUAAUUUUGAAUUGCGGAACUUUUUUUUCUUUCCCUUGAUCGAGCGAUCACUGUCCGCUUCCAAAUGGGUAUGUCCUCUAGCCAAAAAUUUGUGGUUUAACAUUUUUAAGGUGGGUUUUUGUUUUAGAAUCCAAAAAUAAGUCAUUAUUAUCAGCAGAUUUCUAUUUUGGAAUGGACAAUUAUCUGACCAAAUUGUUAGUUCUUGAAUACUGGCUGAUAAGUCGCAUAUUUUUACAAAUUGUGUUAUACAGAAUGCAAUUUCAUUUCCCUCUCUACCAGAUACAGAUUCGUCCCACAUCAUACAGUAGGAUUGUUGUGAAGUUGAAUCAUGUACCGUAAAGUGAAAUGUCCGAAGCUUGAGUGAAUAAAAACUUUGUGAGUUUGUCAAGUCAGGAGUGGACAAACAUUUUUCCAAAUCAACCAUAACAACUUUUUCAGUAUUUCCACUUCUCGAGCGUAUUUUGUCUUCGGAUUUUAACCUGUAACGAUUAUUGGCAUCUCUCUCAUGUUCAUCGUAUUGGGCUUGCAAACUCUGUCUUGUUUCUAGUGACUCUGAAUUUUGCAGUUGAAUUUUUAGCUUAUUACAAAGGUCACAAGUAUCAUUUGCGGGCAAUUUAAACGAGUAAAUUAAAAGUUAACGAGUUAACUUAAAAUUAAAAAUUUCACUGUAAAGCCAAACUUUACCUAUUUGAUUUGAUGGCAAGUUCAUUAUCAUUACAAUCUUCAACAUACAAUGCAUACAUUCUAGAUAAAUUAAGGUGAUUUCCUAGAUAUUUUUUUUUCGGUUCUUUUUCUGGAGUAGUGGGAGGUGUAAGUGGGAAAUUUUACAAUAUGAUUGCGUAUACCUUGGCGAACGUCUUCUGGGAUUUUAUUACUUGGAAUAUGAUGUCCUCUUUUAUCUGGAGAAAUCAUGCCCCCACAUCUCUUUUUAUUUAAUGCAGUAUCAACAGUUUGUUGAGACACAGCAAGUGUAUUUAAAAAGAAUUUUUUGCAUACUGCGAUGAGUUCAUUAUUUCUUGCCCGUCUGGUUUUAAGAGGUACUUUUUGAAUGUGAGAUGCAAUAAACUGUCUUCGCAUAUCAAUUGUUUGUUUUUCGUUCCAAAAGGUUCUUAAAAUAGUCUUACGCAUUUCUUCAUUUAUUCGGUUUUUGCAUUUCAAUUUACAUGUUUCACCACAUGCAGGUCCUAAAGUGUUUUCUUUAAUAGUUCUUUUGGAAACGGUUACAUAUUCUAAUCCUGACAGUCGUUUUCGCUUUUGAACAUUUUUUUCCCAAAGAUGUUUAUUUGGUGUCUUCUUUCUUGUUCUUUUUUCAUUUAGAUUUUCCGUAUUUUCGUUUUCGGUAUCGCUGCUUAUUUCAUUGUCAACAUCACCUUCGAAAUUUGGGUCAAUAACAUGUCGUCACUGCCAAAACCAGAAAAGGAAUCAUCGCUGUUUUGUUUUGUAAAAAUUUCACUUUCUGCUACAACAUGUUUUUUUUUGAGCUAGAAGAUACAAAAACUGUUUUUUUUUUAUUCUUUGAGCUCUAACUUUCCUAGUCUCCGAGUUACUUGGUGAUAGUGAUGCAUCAUUUCCAUUAGAAUAACUGCAUUCAGGUGUAUUAAAAUCCUGUUUAGGAUGAUGGACGAUGGUUUGAUUAGUAAAUGUGUCGUCAUUUUGUAUCUGCCCACCAGAAAAAAAAUCUCUUAAUUUUUCCUGUCGUAGGUCCUGGUUUUUUUCUUGAAGUACAGGUUUUGGACUAGUUGCCUUGAAUUGAUCCUUUUCUUUAAACGGCUCCAAAACUUGUAUCGGUUUCGUUGAGACCUCUGCAAAACAUAAAAAUUGUAUCAGAUAGUUUUAAAAAAUUAAAAAAAAAUAUCGAACCUACUACUGUUUUAGUUUAAAAACUAACCUCUAUAAGUUUUUGUUUUAAUAAAUUAUUAGGUUUUAAUAACCAAAUACAAAGUAUAAGUAACGGGUGAAUUUCUACCCUUAAAAUUUACGGUAUUAGGCAGACUUUAUGAAAAAAACAUUAGUGAAAAGGAUAUUAAGUCAUGACUAAAAUUUGUAUAAAAAAAAAGCCAAAACUAUUUUAAAUCAGUAAAAAAGCAAUACACAAAAAUACAAACCUUGAGUUUCUAAUCGUGUGUCAGUAAGAAUGCUGCUUGAGUUCAAAUCAGUAGUUUCACUGCAAGUUUUGACCUGUCCUGCAUUUCCUUAAAAGUAAAAAUGUACCCUAUAAAACUCUAUAAACAAUAUUAAGUCAGU